AUCAUUCUCAACUCCCUACCAAGAUGACCGCGAAGUUCGAGCUGCUUCUGCUGGCGCUGUUCGGUUCCGUCGCCCUGGUGCUCUGCCAGGAGGACUACUGCAAUCCGGACCUGUGCGAGUCCGGGGUGACCCACAUCGGUUGCAACGCCAAGAACGAACUGUCGUCCGAGUGCGUCGAGGCGUCCAAGUUUACGUUCGACGACAAGCUGAAGAAGGUGCUGCUGGACGAGCACAACAACUACCGGAACCAGGUGGCCAAGAAGGAGCUCAAGUGGCUACCGAGGGCGUCCAACAUGGUGCGAAUGGAUUGGGACGACGAUCUGGCUUACCUGGCCGAGCUGAACGUCAACAAGUGCGAGUUCGAGCACGACAAGUGCCACAACACCAAGAAGUACCCGGAUUCCGGCCAGAACAUCGCCAUGUACGGAAGCAGUGAAGACACCGUCGACGCGGAGGCAACGCUGAAGAAGCUGGUUCAGGAGUGGUGGGACGAGCGUCACUUCGCCGGUCCCAAGCUGAUCAAGAAGUUGUACAUGAAGGAGAAGGCACUGCACUUUACGAUGCUGGUCCGGUCGAACGCAAGUCGGGUGGGUUGUGCCAUGAUCAAGUACAAGAAGGGGGACAAUACGUGGGUUCAGCUGGUGUGCAACUACUCGUACACGAACAUGAUCGGGACGCCGGUGUACGGGCACGGACAGGCCUGUUCGGGGUGCACGGCCGGUUGCGAUAAGGAGUUUGACGGGCUGUGCGUUAAGGAUGAGCCGGUGGAUGUUGGGGCGGUAGCGCCAGCGGCUUAGGUUUGGGCGGGAUAAAAUUCGGUAAGAAUUGG